UUUGUGGGCCGUCAGCUUGCAGUUAAACUUGGCCGACAACACUCCCUUGGUAAUCAAUAGAACUCACAUUCUUUUUCUGAAUGGAGCCUGUGGCUGACAGGAGUACGGCUGGGGGUUCAGUGAAGGAUGAUCUGUCGGAAAAAUGUCAGAAGUUAUUUCUCGAGUUUUUGGAGGAGUUUCAGAACACAAACGGGGAAUUGCUGUAUCUACCUGAUGCUGAGGAACUAAUUCGACCAGAGAGAAAUACACUGACCGUUAACUUCACCAACAUUGAACACUUCAAUCAGCAAUUAGCUACAACCAUUCAGGAGGAGUACUACAGGGUAUAUCCAUUCCUUUGCAGAGCUGUUCGCCACUUCGCUCGAGAUCAUGGAAACAUACCAGCGACCAAAGAGUUCUAUGUGUCCUUCUCCGACUUUCCAACUAGACAAAAGAUCCGCGAACUCUCCACAGCCAGAAUCGGGUCCUUACUGAGAAUCAGUGGCCAAGUGGUAAGGACUCACCCGGUCCAUCCCGAACUGGUCAGUGGAACAUUCCUGUGUCUGGACUGCCAGUCGGUCAUUCAAGAUGUGGAGCAGCAGUUUAAAUAUACCCAGCCCAACAUCUGUAAGAACCCGGUCUGUUCCAACCGACGUCGCUUCAUGCUGGACACCAACAAGUCCCGUUUUGUGGACUUUCAGAAGGUGCGUAUCCAGGAGAGCCAGGCGGAGCUGCCCCGUGGCUCCAUCCCCCGCAGCGUGGAGGUGAUCCUGAGAGCGGAGGCCGUAGAGAGCGCCCAGGCUGGUGACCGCUGUGACUUCACUGGCACGCUGAUCGUCGUACCCGAUGUUGCCGCGCUGGCUGUGUCCGGCACAAGAUCAGAGACCAGCAACCGAUUUGCUGGGGGAAAACAAGGCUUUGAGGCAGAUGGGAUUCAGGGACUGAAGGCUUUAGGCGUCCGGGAUCUGUCUUACAGACUGGCUUUCCUAGCAUGCUAUGUGGCCCCGACCAACCCUCGGUUUGGCGGUAAAGAUCUCCACCAUGAAGACCAGACAGCAGAGAGUGUGAAGAACCAGAUGACUGUUCAGGAAUGGGAGAAGGUCUUUGAGAUGAGCCAGGAUAAGAACCUUUACCACAACCUUUGCACCAGCCUGUUCCCCACCAUCCAUGGGAAUAACGAGAUCAAGCGAGGAAUCCUACUGAUGCUCUUCGGAGGUGUCGGCAAGACGACCAUGGAGGGAACAUCUCUGAGGGGGGAUAUCAAUAUUUGCAUUGUUGGGGACCCCAGUACCUCCAAAAGCCAGUUUUUAAAGCAUGUGGAGGAAUUUGCUCCGAGGGCCUUGUACACCAGCGGAAAGGCCAGCAGUGCAGCUGGGUUGACCGCGGCUGUGGUGAGAGAUGAGGAGUCCAAUGAAUUUGUGAUUGAGGCUGGAGCCCUUAUGUUGGCUGAUAAUGGUGUAUGCUGUAUUGAUGAGUUUGACAAGAUGGACCUGAAGGACCAAGUAGCCAUUCAUGAAGCCAUGGAACAGCAGACCAUCUCUAUCACCAAGGCUGGAGUGAAGGCUACUUUGAAUGCUCGCACCUCGAUCCUGGCAGCUGCCAACCCGAUCGAUGGGAGGUACAACCGCUCUAAGUCUCUGAAACAGAACGUCAACAUGUCGGCGCCCAUCAUGUCCAGAUUUGACCUCUUCUUCAUUUUGAUCGAUGAGUGCAAUGAAGUGACAGAUUAUGCCAUAGCCAGACGUAUUGUAGACCUGCACUUUAGAGACAUGGAGUCUGUGGAGCGGGUCUACAACACUGACGAGAUCCAGAGAUACAUACUAUUUGCUCGACAGUUUCAACCCAAGAUCACGGCGGAAGCCAAAGAGUUUGUGGUGGACCAGUACAAGCGCCUGCGUCAGAGGGACACCAGCGGCGGUACCAAGUCGGCCUGGCGUAUCACGGUCCGACAGCUAGAGAGCAUGCUCCGACUGUCUGAGGGAAUGGCCAGACUCUACUGCUCAGAUGAGGUGCAUCCCAAACAUGUUAAGGAGGCCUUCCGGCUGCUGAAUAAAUCUGUCAUCAGUGUUGACUCCCCAGACAUCAACUUUGACCCAGAACAAGAUGCCAAUGAGGAAAUUAAUGAGAAGAAUGAAAUCAUGGAGGAAGUGAAGGAGACCACUGGCCAACCUGCAGAGGAGGCUAUGGGCACAAACUGUGGGGAAAGCAGACCUAAAAAGACCACUGCUGCCAAGUCUGCCCUUAAGAUGACCUUUGCUGAGUACAGGAGAAUCUCCAACCUCAUCGUUCUGCACAUGCAGAAGAUUGAAGAUGUUGAUGAGUCUUCACUGAAGAAGAGUGAACUGAUUAACUGGUACCUGAAAGAGAUGGAGAGUGAGAUCGAGUCCGAAGCUGAGCUGGUUGCCAAUAAGAACGUAAUUGAGAAAGUGCUCCACAGACUAAUUAAUUAUGACCACAUCAUUAUAGAGUUGACAAAGACUGGUCUGAAGAAGGUUUGUGAUGAAGGAGAGGAACCUGUGAUGGAGGUUGACCCCUUCUUAGUGGUCAACCCCAAUUACACUCUGGAAGACUAGGUUUCAUGUCCAUGGCUAUAAUCAGCUGAAAGGAAUUAAGUCAUUGGAUUUUCAUCGGUCCCAUUUGUAAGGAAUAUGAUUUGCAGCUAUAGUGGCGUCUACUUGUCCGAACUUGAAAUGGUUUCAACUCUUAAUGCCCUGUGAAAUGGAACACUUGUCAUACUAUUUGUACCCUAUGCAUUUCAUUAAAUAUAUAUUUUUGCAGUA